AUGGUUCAAUAUUUGUUGAUUACGGCUAACGUUGGAUCGCUCUUUGAGCCCGAGGCUCGCUUGCACGCAUCUUGGGUCAAAACUGUUUCUGAUGUAAGUCCAGUUGGUUGGCUGUGGGUCAACGAACUUUUCAUUUUUUCAGCAAGUUGAUCGCAUCAAUCCGUCUUUCUUUGUUAUUCAUCUGCAAGAAACUGGCGGAAAAAAGUUCACGCAAUGCUGCACUCAGGUUCCAGUCAUUAUCAACCGUCUCUCCGGGGCUCUUCCAAAAUUCGAUCUUCUUAGAGCAUACGUUGACAUCGACCACGAAGCGCUCGAGUUCACGGUAACCAUGGGUCACCAAUUUUUAUACACACGCUCGUUUUCUCAGGCUCUCGGCUGUCUCUGCUUCAUCAAAAGGUCUCUCUGGUCCAACGUUGCCCAGUUCAACUUCCACACUAAAAAAUAUGAACAGCUGACGAGUCCAAAAGAAGUGGUCACCCACGGACUUGAGAACUACCCAUACGUCGUCAAACAUAAGUUCCCGAAGGACUUCUGGCCGUCUAUCAAGUGGGGACGCAAAGGGUACAUGCAGACGAGAUGGAAAAUUGCGAACAGGUAGGGGAAAGAGUGACAAACGACAAGCGUCAUUCAUUUCAAAGAAGCAGCAACAUGACAGCACGCGUAAAGCAUUAAAAAAAAGUUUAUUUCCAGAGUCUUCGACUUUGUCAACGCUCAUCUCUUCCACGACGAGUCCAACUUGGCCCUCAUCCACGAGGUACUCAAAUCAGUCCAACCUUCCUGUUCAACCUCCAAUUACCCUUUCAGAACCCAGAGCUGUACAGCCAGAACCGGAAACGUGCACUCGACUUUGUUCUCUCGGAGCUCUCCUCGAUGGAAAAUGGCUGCACGCCACUUCUUUUUGUCUUCGGAGACCUCAAUUUCAGACUCGACUCGCGCUCCUUCUUGAACGUAAUGAAGCGUACAAAGAGGACAGAAAAUGAAAACAGACAAAUGUUAUUUCAGCGGCUGACCGAGCGCACUGCUCCCCAUUCAGUGGAUGAGCAGGAGCAGCUGGGCUCAUUGGCUGAGGGUCUUCAGAAGCCGGCCGCCAAUCUUCAAGUGGCCCAUCCAUCCGAGAACCUCAGAAGAACAGUCUCGGCUAUUGAGUUCCGUAGAGAAUCUGACAGUGAUGACAGCCAAAAGUAAUAGGGGAAAAUCUCUACUUCUAACAAGUCUAACAUUAUUCAGCAGCUGUGUGUUGAGAAUCGAGAAGAAGAAAUUUGACUAUUUCAACCACAAAAAACUACUGGAUGACUGGCAGUCGUACCGUGGCGAUGACAAAGAAGCCGACAAUUUCAAAAGCAUGCACGAGCUGGACAUUGACUUCCCACCAACGUAAUCAUGAAAUUGCGCUGACAUCAAUUCAAAGUUUUCUUUUUGCAGGUACCCAUGGAGCGAGGAUCCGGAAGACUCGGAGACCUUGAUGAAGACCCGUGCUCCGGCCUGGUGCGACAGAGUUCUAAUGAACAAAACUGCUUUUGCGCUGAUCGAAGAAGGAAAUCCAACAUACAACUCAUUCGGAAUGGAGACAUGCACUGGAGACCACAAGGUAAUGUCCAACAAAGCCAAAUCUCUCUGCAACUACUCAAUUUCAGCCUGUGAUGCUGGCGUUCAACAUCUGA